UCACCAAUCUUGGCUCCAACGCGUCGUCGUCUCUUCCUCUCCCUCUGUCUGUGACCAGAGCAGGGUACGAUGCAGGCCAUUACCAGGCGCUUAGGGCACCAAUCGCUAAAGCCCUCAACUUCGAUAUUGUCGCUGAAGUGCACCUAUCCAAUUUCCGAUCAAUAUUAUGUAGCGGAUCGCGAGCGUUACGCAUCUACCCUUGCAACAAAGGGUGUCGGUCAUCUUGUUCGCAAGGGUACGGGUGGAAGAUCAUCUGUCAGUGGCAUUAUAGCGACAGUAUUUGGGGCAACUGGUUUCUUAGGUCGUUAUGUUGUCCAACAACUGGCUAAAAUGGGAUCUCAAGUGCUAGUUCCAUUUCGGGGUUCUGAAGAUUCUCACCGUCAUCUGAAACUGAUGGGUGAUUUAGGACAGAUUGUGCCAAUGAAAUACAACCCAAGAGAUGAAAAUUCAAUAAAAGCUGUGAUGGCAAAGGCCAAUGUCGUCAUCAAUCUUAUUGGAAGGGAGUAUGAGACGAGAAACUUCAGCUUUGAGGAAGUGAACCAUUACAUGGCUGAGCAACUUGCAAUGAUUUCCAAAGAACAUGGUGGUAUCAUGAGAUUUAUUCAUGUUUCUUGCUUAGGGGCGUCCCCUUCCUCUCCAUCCAAGAUGCUGAGAGCCAAAGCUGCUGCAGAAGAAGCUAUUUUAAAGGAAUUACCUGAGGCCACUAUCAUGAAACCAGCAGGUAUUAUUGGUACAGAGGAUCGGAUUUUGAAUCGAUGGGCCCAGUUUGCAAAGAAGUAUAACUUUCUUCCAUUGAUAGGGGAUGGGACCACUAAAAUACAGCCUGCAUAUGUUGUUGAUGUUGCCGCUGCACUUAUUGCCGCCUUGAAGGAUGAUGGCACAAGCAUGGGAAAGAUUUAUGAACUGGGUGGUCCAGAGAUCUUUACAGUCCAUGAAUUGGCAGAGCUUAUGUAUGAUACAAUCCGGGAACGGCCUCGAUAUGUGAAAAUUCCUUUUCCUAUUGCAAAGGCAUUGGCAACACCACGAGAAAUGUUCCUAAAGAAGGUGCCCUUUCCACUACCCAAUCCUAACAUAUUUAAUCUGGAUCAGAUCCUAGCUUCGACUACCGAUAAUGUUGUUUCAGAAAAUGCUCUGACUUUCUAUGAUCUUGGAAUUGCCCCUCAUAAGCUGAAAGGAUACCCGAUUGAGUAUCUUUUCUCAUACCGUGAAGGAGGCCCGCAAUUUGGUACUACAGUCAGUGAAAGAGUAUCACCGGAUUCGUAUCCAUGAGACAACUCUUGGGUGUUCGGUCCUGAAUCAUUUUUCAGUUUGUAUUAUUCGCUUUUUCAUUUGAGUCCAAAUGGCACCGAGAGGCCCAACUUCUGUAAAUUUCAUUCGUAAUGUACGAUGAUUGACCAUGUUUGAGAAGGAAAAUAAAUCCGAUACUUGUUGACCCCAGAA